AUGGCAGCCCUGGCCCUGCAGCUGAUUGGGCUGGCACUAUCUAUCCUGGGCUGGCUGGGCUCUAUUUUGGCCUGUGCUUUACCCAUGUGGAAGAUGACAGCUUUCAUCGGAUCCAACAUCAUUGUGGCACAGGUCUUCUGGGAGGGGCUGUGGAUGAACUGUGUUUAUGAAAGCACUGGUCAGAUGCAGUGUAAGGUCUAUGACUCACUACUUGACCUACCAGCAGACCUACAAACCGCCCGUGCCUUGGCGGUGGUCUCCAUCGCCAUGUCUUUCCUGGCUCUCCUUAUUGCCAUCUCUGGAGCAAGUUGUACCCGCUUCAUAGAAGACCCAAGUACCAAGGGCAAAGUUUUGAUGAUAGCUGGUGUGGUGUUCAUCCUAGCUGGAGUGGCGCUCCUCUUUCCUGUCUCCUGGUCAGCAAGGAACAUUGUGAGCAACUUCUAUAACCCACUUGUUCCCGAGGCCCUGAAGAGAGAGCUGGGUAUUUCACUUUACAUAGGUUGGGCAGCUAGUGCCUUCCUGAUCCUUGGUGGAGGCACAUUCUGUUGCUUCGUUCCUCCGAAGGAGGACAAUAAAUCCUAUCCAAUGAGAUACUGGGCAGGAAGACACCCUUCCUCAAGCAGCUAUGCCCGCAAAGACUAUGUGUGA